GCUCGCUGGGACUGGUGCCGCCGCGCAGAGCCGCGUGUCCCGCCGCGCACCCGCUCCGCCACGGCCCGGCGCCGGCCGGGGGCGCGCCGCCAUGACGGGCAGUAAUAUGUCCGAUGCUCUUGCAAAUGCAGUCUGUGAACGCUGCCAGGCUCGAUUUGAUCCUGCAGAGAAGAUUGUCAACAGCAAUGGGGAGCUCUAUCAUGAAAACUGCUUUGUCUGUGCUCAGUGUUUUCGUCAGUUCCCAGAUGGACUUUUUUAUGAGUUUGAAGGUCGGAAGUACUGUGAACAUGACUUUCAGAUGCUGUUUGCUCCUUGCUGUGGGGAAUGUGGUGAGUUUAUUAUUGGGCGUGUUAUCAAGGCAAUGAACAACAACUGGCACCCAGAAUGUUUCCGCUGUGAGCUCUGCGAUGUAGCACUUGCAGACCUGGGUUUUGUGAGGAAUGCUGGCAGGCAUCUGUGCAGGCCAUGCCAUAACCGUGAAAAAGCUAAGGGACUGGGCAAGUACAUCUGUCAGAAGUGCCACCUGAUAAUUGAGGAGCAGCCUCUGAUGUUCAGGAAUGAUUCCUACCAUCCGGAUCACUUCAACUGCACCCACUGUGGGAAGGAGCUGACUGCUGAGGCCCGGGAACUGAAGGGAGAACUGUAUUGCCUGCCCUGCCAUGACAAGAUGGGAAUCCCCAUAUGUGGAGCCUGCCGCAGGCCCAUUGAGGGACGGGUGGUCAAUGCCCUGGGAAAGCAAUGGCAUGUUGAGCAUUUUGUUUGUGCCAAGUGUGAGAAGCCAUUCUUGGGUCACCGACACUAUGAGAAAAAAGGACUGGCUUAUUGUGAAACUCACUAUAACCAGCUCUUUGGAGAUGUCUGCUACAACUGCAGCCACGUGAUAGAGGGAGAUGUGGUAUCAGCUCUUAACAAGGCCUGGUGUGUGAACUGCUUCUCCUGCUCCACCUGCAACAUCAAGCUUACACUGAAGAACAAGUUUGUGGAGUUUGACAUGAAGCCUGUGUGCAAGAAGUGCUAUGAGAAAUUCCCUCUGGAGCUGAAGAAACGCCUGAAGAAGUUGUCAGAGCUGACAUCCAAGAAGGCACAACCCAAAGCUCUGGAUUUAAACUCUGCUUAAACAGGUCUGUCAGUCUAUUGACUGCACUCUUACAGUCAUAAGCUGCUGCUCAGAGCAGCUGUUGAUUACAGAGGCAAUUACUAACAAGUGAAACCAAAGAUUAGUACCUUCCCCUUCUCCUGGUAAUGUAGCUUUCAUCUUGACUAUCACUUUUCUCAAGCAGUUGUCUAUUAACACUGGCAGAAAGAGAAAUAUGAUUUCUGCUUGAGCAGCUUACAGGCUGGUUAUUAAUUUGCUAAUAACAACUUACUCUGCCUUGUGAAUUGUACACAGUCUUGCGUUCCUCAACUGAACUGUAGAUCUCUCUCCAAUCCGCCACAGUCUAAGGAAUUUGGAAACAGCGGUUAAGUGUAGGGGUGGAAGAAAUUUAUGAUUUGCUAUUUUUCAGUUAAAGUAUAAAAAUUUCUUAGAAAUUUAGAAAACUCUGGGUGAAGACAUUUAAAAUUUUUUAAUAUCUAGGCAAAUAUUCUGAAAGCUGCUAUUCUUUGCUACAUGCAAAAUGUUCUCAUCUUUCUCCAGAUUCCUACUGAGCGUAUAUGAAUGCUGUACAGUCCUUCUGGUUUGCAGGUUUACUGGGAAAGCCCAGGAACCAGUAGUUACGGCAUCUGCACUGCUCACUUGUUUGACUUAGGUCCAGUAUUAAGACAGCUGAAGAACUUUGCUUUGCUGCUUCUCUGUUCAGUACUAAGAAGAUCUCAAUUGUCAAGGCCAUGUCAGCCUCUUCCGAAUAGUUGGGCUCUCCUUAACAAGGAGGUUGCUAUGGGAAAGGAAAGAUUUUGUUAGAAACUGACACUAUAAAUUUUCUCCAUUUGUUCUCUACUACUAUGUGGGAACUUCUAGUGGUCAACACAAAGUAUGUCCUAUCCACUGGCAUAGCUGGCAUUUCUUGAGGCAAUGUGGCUGGAGCCUUGGUUGUUCAUUUGCAUGAUGCAAUCAAAUUGAUAAUAUGGUGCCAACUGAAGUGCUUCAGUUUCCCUGUCCUUCUCACUUUAUUUGGAAGAUGAGCGUAAACUUGUUGGUCCUGACUGUACUUGAAGAGAGGACCUCACACAUGAAUCUGUACAUCUUAAGCAUAUAGUUCUGCUCUGUAGGUUUGCCUGUCACUGGUGAAGUUUCACUCGUCCUACAGUUUCUGCUAGAACAACCCAAGGUGCUGAGAAAUUUACUGGGUUUGAAGAUCCUUGAUGUUUCUUCAGGGGUGAGCCAUCAGCAGUGCUGCUCCUGAGUCCACUUGUACAAUCAUAGUGUUGUAUAAUCAUGGGGAGCUUCUGAGACCUCUAUGUGUCCUCUGUAGUUUCUUGUGCUGAACUAAGCUGAGCAGCCUGAAUAGUUGGAGGCUCUGCCUGCCCUUUUACAGGGUGGACAGGAUGACAGGCACUGGAGGACUGCUGUCCCUUGCAUGAUUUAAAUCUUCCCAAAAGUGGCUAGUUUAGUAGGUUAGAUUAACACAACAGUUGGCCCUAGGCACCACCCUGCAGUCCCAAGUGAAUUAGCUAGCAAGAAGUUAGAGCUUCCUCACUUCUUACGUGUGUGAGAAGCAACUGGAUUGGGGCAAUAAUGUACCUUAAAAUUGCCCUCACUGCCAUCACACUUUGCUCAGAAUAGAUCUAAACUAGAUAAUAGCUAAAGCGUUGAUAGCUGUUCACACACUUGCUGUAGCUACUACCCGUGAAACUGCACCAGUGAUAUCACAGCAGUGGUGGGAAAUCCUGGUUAACUGUGUGCAGGUAAGAAUCCCGCAUGAGACCAUCUCUUAGAUACUUAAUGGCUUUGCUAAUUCAAAUUCCUUCAGGUGCUUUGCUUUUUAGUGCCAUAAGCUAACAUAAACUUCUAACUGAGAUAUAUUGCAUCUGCUAUAACACUGAUGAGGGGACAGGUAAAAUCCUAACAGUAGAACUCUUCCAUCCUCUUCUGAACAAUAUGCACUGUAGCUUACAGUAAUAGUAGCUGGUUUUGUCACUGCUUUAGGAGAACAUGUGGCUAGUCACUUUUCUCGCACCGGCCUUUAAAUGGCCUUCAGUUAAGGGCACAAAGAGCAGCAUGUCUUUUGGUGCAGUAGUAUGUGGCCACUGCAAGAGUCUAAGUGCAGUUCAUUAUGCUGUGCAGAGUCUUCUCAGCAUGAAGCAUUCAGGUCUCUUCCUAUAACUUUAGUCACAGGCUGUGUCUAAUGCUAAAUCUGAGCAGCUGUGUAUCUUCAGCCUCCUGGGAAGAUGGUGGAGGAACACACAGCCGCAAAGCUGCUGGUAAAUAUGGAAAGACUAUGUGACUAGCAGGCAAUAGGUGAUAAUUCUUUCAGUGGCCAUUCUCAAGUUCAGCAAUGGAAAAUGCAUGUAUGUAGAGGUGAAUGGAAUGACUUUUGCGCUACAAGUAGAGAUACAGUGUGUGCUCUCACUUUGUCUUGUGUUUGCAACUCAGACCUUCAGUGUUCAAAGGAUAGCUGAUACUGUCUUUGGUAAGCUAUUCAGUUAUCUAGGAUUUGGAUUAUGUCCUUAAGAGCAUUUCCCAAAUUAGUGGGUGAAAAAAAUCAUCAUAAUCCUUCAUCUCUGUAUUAGCAGAGGGUGAUGUUCUCUUAGUAUCUCUUAAAUUAGUAAUCUUUCGCAAUUAUUUUUCUUACACUUCUGCUGCCCAUAGCCUACAAUGUACAGAGUUACAGAAGUGAGUAUUACUGACAUGCCUUUUAUGGGACAGUGGAAUUGAAGGAGUAGGAAAAGUAACUAUAAAUAGUUUAAAUAAACUUACCUUCCCCGACUUCAAAUCCACUUUUUAAAAACUAAGUAGAAUUUCGUGCAGACUUACAAAUUCUCCUUAAAGUGUUGCUAGGGAAACAGGUUAUUUGUUUGUUAGUUUGUUGUUUGGUUGGUUUUGUUGUUUUGGGAUUUUUUUUUUAAAAUCAAGGUCUUGGUCAGAAACAAGCUGCAUGCUUUUUUCCAUUGCUGUGAAUAGACAUGCUGGCCAAAUUCAUCCUAGGUAUCACACCACUGGAGAGUGUAGAUUUAUAUCAAGGUUGAACUUGGCUCAGAAGUCUACACUUACCAAAAGCUGUUGUCUCAUUAUAUACAUUUAUAGUUUACAUUCAUAUUUAUACAUACUGAAUUAAAAUCACUAAUAUUCACUGAGUACACUUGAAAAUGGUUUUGCUUUUAGAAACCACGCUACGUGAAGCUUGUUUGUAUUCAAAGGGUAUGUUAAUCACAGUCUCUCUUUAUGGCAACCGAAUCUAUUCUGUAGGGUUUGCAUCCUAGUGUUUAUUUUUACAACAGUCUGUGCAAUGUAGGCAAAUACUGUUCAACCUUCUGUACAGAGAGUUUCUAGAUGUUGUGUGUUUUGUAUCAUGAUGUGACUGACACCUUGUUAAAAAGUGAUGGUGAAGGAGUAGAUUGCAGGCGGACGUAAUAAAUGUAGUUGUACUAGUCUGUAAAGCACUAUUAAGUGCUGAGGAUGGUAUAGAGUGAGUAAAGAAUUAGCAGCUACUUGGCUUGGUUCAGGCCUUGAUGAGCAGUGUGGAUUCUGCACUGUGUGGAGCUCUCAUUUUGUCACACAUUGCCUGUGCUAACCAAAACGUGAUCGUGGAUUGAAAUGUUGUAAUACUGUCCCUUUUUAUGUUUCUGUAAUAAAGUUAACUGUAAUACAUUUUAAAUCUUCA